UACCAUUAGAUUAGUUCAGUUGUUAUCAAACGGUCCCACUAAGUGCAAUUAAGUUCUGCUGAUUACAUUUGAUUACAUUUUUUUCUGUGAUUUUUUUGGAAGCUUGAAAUUUGCUUAAAAUACCAAUAUUUAUCAGAAUUUUGAUAUUCUGGUUAUUUUUUAGUAAAAUAAGGUAACUCUAACCACAGUAUACGUUUUAAUCUUCAUCAAUUGUCACCUUGUUUUACUAAAAAAAUUGUUCUUUAUUUCAUUUUACUAUUUCUCUGCUACCAAUUCCAAGUUUAUUCUGUUUCUUGUAUAUUUUGAAAUUUAUUGUGUACUACUACUAAUCAAUACCAACAUUUUCUCUUAGUUGCUGAAGUUCCAUCAGUGAGCAGUGAUUUAUCAUCUAGUAUUAACAGUUUUGUAUUGGAUAGUAAAAUGAAUAACAUCGUUGAUAAAUCGUCUAGAGAAAAUAUGAAUAGUUUUGUUAGUGUUCCGAGUAAAGAGAGUGUGAACGUGGACUGUAUGGAAAAUAUACGUUAUAAAUUCAGGGAAGAAAGUGAGAACAGGGAAUUUAGGAGAAAUUUAGAGACGUUAUCAGAAGUUGAAGAAGAUAUGCGAGAACAGGAUAAAAGACAGGAGAAAAAAGGACAUUUCUUGUUUAACUCAGUUAACACUGAACCUGGAUAUGAAAGUAACUCAGCGAGUCAUGUUGGGAAACGAGAACAGCACGGAUUCAAAGUGUAUGAGCAAUCUAAAAUCCAUCUAUCAAAAGAACGCAUAUUUCAACGCAGUAUGAAAUUACCCAGAACUCCUCCUGGUGUUCAAUCCCCCUCUGACAGUGACAUAGUAGAUUUGUGUAUUGUCAAUAGUGAGGAAUCGCCUGUUUUUACAAAACGUAAACUUCAUAAGCCGUCUCCCAAGAAAGAUGUUAAUGCAGCUACUGAUGCUACAACAGCUCUAGUUGACGAUCUAAAAAAGGCGACUGCAGAUACUUCUACUCUACAAGUAGUUGGUGGAUCAGAUGACAUUAGUGUUAAAGAUGUUGAUGUUUUGAUGCAAACAAGAAUUUCCUCUACUUCGUCUGAUGCAAAAAGUUUCACCAUAGAUUUCCCUGCUGUAGAUGCCAUCAAGUUGAUACUACCAAAAUUUCACGCUCUGACAGAGGAGACAUCAACUGAAACACCUGUUAAAGCACAUGUACCGAUACACGAACCACAAAAAGCAAUGUCAUCUCAAGUUGCAACUAGAGACAGUCUACUUCCUGUGGAGUUGUCGGUAGCCGAGAGAGGAAAUCUUGACUCACAUGUUAUAGCUGUUCUGGACUAUCAAACAAAGGAGUUAGAUCGGUACCGAAAUGUGAUACAGACAAUGGGACAAGAUGUUAUAGAGUUAAGACGAAAAAUUUUAAAACUUCAGCAUGAGAAAAGCCAGUUGGCAACUAAACUAUAUUAUGCUGGCGAUGGAGUAGUAAGUGAGAAUGGAGACGACCUUGAAGUCAUUGUUCCUUUAAAACGACGCCUCGCUGCUGAAAACGAAGAGAAAAACACUUUACAAGAAAGAGUGUAUAAACUACAAAAUGAAAUUAUUAAGAAAAAUGAUAUCGAAGCCUCCUAUUUGCAACUUCAAGAAGCGCACGAGAUCCAGCAAGAAAGAAUGCAACAACUCCAGUCGAAACUUUCAAAAUACAAGCUUCUUCAAUCUACAUGUCAAUCUCAAGAAAAGGUGAUUGAAGAAUUAGAGAAAAGACUUGCAUCAACAGCUGAUAAUAAAAGCUUACCUUCAAAAAGCAAAGGAACACGAAAAUCAAAUUUGAAAUCUGUGGCAUACGAAAAAGAAAAUAAUGCGUUGAGAGUAUUUCAGAUUGAUGAGAAGCUGCGUUUGAUUGAAAAACUUGAGCAGGCCGAGGGUACAAUAACGGCGUUAGAAGAACAGCUGCAUAUCAAUGCUAAACAUUGGGCAAGAGACCGCGCGUUAGCCCAGGAAAGUUCUGCAAUUCAGCGAAGACUUGUACCAAUGCCAUCGGGUUAUAUGGCAGCCACAUAUAAUCGUCGACAUGCCGAAAAUGAUCGCCCGUACUUACCAAGAUAUACUCACAAUCGCUUUCAAAACAAUCCUUUCGGCAGGUGAGAGAAAUGUGUUGAAAUAAAUCUAGCAGCUGAGAUACGAAGUGCAUUAUAAAUGUUACAGUAGGUAUGCUAUACGAAGUGUCUUUAAAUUGCUGGGAAACGAUAUUCAGUCAAAAAGUUAUUUGAAAUUGAAAAGUUUAGCUACAACGCAGGAAAUAAUACUUAUAAGCAGACAGCAUCGCAAAUGCACUUUUCACACGGUCUGCAUUAUGGAACAAUCCAGGCAUUUUGACGUCAAUGAAAAAAAGCACCCUUAUAGAGUUUUAAACCUUACCACAUAACCUAAGAUUCUAACGCCGCUGUAUGCAUUACCAAGUAGACUUUUAUGUUUGCAUUGCGGUUAAUUAGAAGCUUUCGUAAUUGCUUGUGGUUGCCAUCUUCAAAUUUUUCCGCCUUUUUUUCUCCAAUAUAUUUUGCCCCGGAUUGUGGGUAAUUAUGUAUAUAUAUGUGUAUAUAUAUAUUAUAUGUAUAUAUAGUCAGAAUUUAUUUUAUAGUUCAGAAGAUAUAAUAUAUUAAUGUGUAUAUACCUGUAAAAGAAAAUAGAUUGCAAAACAAUUAUAGUCUAAAUUGAAACACCCCAAUUUAUUGGACUUAACAUUGCUGCUCAGUUUCCACCUCAUCUCACCCCUGUUACUUAGCUUUAAGUGUGCAGAAAACUUUGUGGAGGUAACAUGCUGUUGACAUAUGCUAUUUUUCCAGUGAAGUGCAAUUAAAAAAAAACUUUUUUCUGAAAAAUGUGUAAAAUAUUUUUACAAAUAUGAUGGGAUUAUAAAGUAAAACUUGUUCCGAGAAUUAUGAUAAAUUCAGGAAUAAUGCAAAUACACCUUUCCCGAAUUUAUUUGCCACUCUUUCUCAACUUUUUUAAAGAAAAUGAAUGUAAUUUUCGAAAUCCUCACAUAAAAAUUAAUAAGUCGUGAAAUUUUCAUAUUCAUACAUCAAACAAACAACCUGCCACAACAGAUUUUUUAAUUUUAUACUAAUUAACCUUUGCUCGAAUAUGAGGCUUAUUAGUACAAGUCGAAAAUUCAGAAGGCUUUGACCGUAACAAUGAUGCAACCAAAACAGCACUUUCAAAUGUCGGAUAAACUUGAAAAUUUAUGCAUUAACCAAUUCACUGAUGCUGAAAAUGAUGUUAAGGUCAAAACAUCAAAAUUCCAAAACUUUAAAAAACAUGUAAUUCAGGAAACGCGUAUUAAUCAGUUAUUAUGUAUGAUGUUAAUAGCCCUAACCAUUAUACAUAAUACCCGGGAGAAUACGCAGAAUCCCCAAUUGAUCAUACUCCCCUUAAUAUACUUCUUAAAGUAAUUAAACAUUUUCACUUGUACUUAUUUUUAAAGAGUUUUUUAAAACUUUC